AUGAAUGAUACUCAUCUUCUUCUUGGAAGACCUUGGCAGUACGAUGCUCAUGUGGUUCAUAAUUAUUAUGAAAAUACUUACACAUUCUACAAAGAUGGGAAACAUAAAAUCUUACAUCCUUCCAAGUCUUCAACUGUUGUGGAAACUCGUAGUGACAGCAAAACAAGUGCUUUGGUGGCAACAAUUGCUCAUUUAUUCCAUAAUAAUCACACUUUGCGUUCUCAUGAAGAUAAAAAACCAUCGGUAGAGAUUCUUAAAAAGGUACGACCUCUUUUACUUAAAUAUGGUGCUUUAUUUCCAGAGGAAUUACCUACUUAUUUACUUCCUUUACAUAAUUUGCAAUAUCAUGUUGAUUUAAUUCCUGGAGCUUCUCUUCCAAAUCAAGCACAACACCGGCUGAGUCCACAAGAACAUGAGAUUUUAAUGGGUUAG